GUAGCAGCAGAUCCAUUAGAUACACAACAUUCGGGUGUUGUAUCUUUUGAAUAAACCAGACAAAACACACGGUUUUUUUUUUAAAUUUUGCAACAAGUUCUACUUGAGCAGUCAGUUUGGCUGAACUAUCUGCGAAGUUGAAUUAAAACAGUUUUGUGAGCGUAAAACGGAAACAAUUUCGACGACAUUUAAAAAUUAAUUUUUCGUGUUUUAAUGAAUUAAUUUGUGUGUUUAAGUGUAGAAUUAUUAACUGUGAUAUUAUUAUUAUCGUAUUACUUAAACUUGACAAAAUGUUGAAUUUUAAAUUUGUGUGCAUUUUUUAUACUGUUAUCACGAUAUCAUCGUGUGUUUACGGUGGGGUAACUACUAAUUUACCUCCCACAGAUAUACGCACGUUAAAUGCCUCCGAUGUGGGUCCGGAAUUUGUGAAUGUGGAGCAACCUUCGGCGAGAGCAAAUACAGAUUACGAUAAUAACAAGGAUAUUGAGGAUGCCCAAUUCUGGUAUAAUGUAGCUUUCAAGCAGCUGGGUAACAUCAUUAAGAAUGCCAAAAAGAAUCAGGAAAAUGGUUACAAACGUAAAGCCAAAAACAUUAUAAUAUUUGUGGGUGAUGGCAUGGGUUUGACAACAAUUACAGCUGGACGUAUAUAUAAAGGACAAUAUUUAAAACAUGGCAAUGGUGAAGAAGAAAUGUUAUCCUUCGAUGAAUUCCCCUAUACUGCUUUAGCAAAGACCUAUAAUGUGGACAAACAAGUACCCGAUUCGGCCGGCACGGCUACUGCCAUGUUUUGUGGUAGUAAAUCAGACUAUGGCGCCAUUGGCAUGGAUACCACAAGAUCGAAAACUGAUGGCCAACAAGGGCGCUUAACCUCAAUUAUGGACUGGGCCCAAGCUGAAAAUAAACGUACUGGCAUUGUUACGACCACUCGUAUUACACACGCUACACCAUCAGCUACUUAUGCCAAAAUCUAUCACCGUGAUUGGGAGUGUGACAACAAAGUACCAGAUGAAUCGAAACUUCACUAUAUUGAUAUUGCAAGACAGCUUGUUGAAAGAAGUCCCGGCAAUAAGUUUAAUGUUAUCAUGGGUGGUGGUCUUAAACCACUUGGCGCUAUGAAUCCCAAUGAAGUUCGUAAAGUAAAAUUUGAGGGUGACACUGAAGAAAUUUGUGCACGUACAGAUGGCAUGAAUUUGCCCCAGAAAUGGUUGGACUAUGGUAAAUCCAUCAAUGAUAGCAGAGUGUUUGUGAAGAGUAUAAAAGAACUGAAAGAAGUCGAUUUGAAAGAGGUCAAUAGCUUAAUGGGUUUAUUCCGUAAUAAUCACAUCACUUACUCCAUAGCCAGAGAAGAGGGUGAACCUUCAUUGCAGGAAAUGACAGAAGCUGCUAUUGAAGUUUUGGAACGUGGAACAAAUUCGAAUGGCUAUGUUUUGCUUGUUGAAGGUGGUCGUAUCGAUCAAGCCCAUCAUCAAAAUUAUGCUCAUGCUGCUCUGCACGAACUUUAUGAAUUUGACAAAGCCAUUGCAGCUGCUGUAGAAAAGACCAAUUCAGAUGAUACUCUAAUUCUUGUAACAGCAGAUCAUUCACAUUCAGUUACUCUCAACGGUUAUCCCAAGCGCGGUGCCGAUAUUUUAGGAUUUGCCAACAAAUCAUCUGAUCCCAUUGCCUACGAAACUAUUAUGUAUGCCAACGGUCCUGGCUUCUACGAACAUUUGUCCAAUGGUACUGUUAAUACAAACUCAUCAACAGAUAUUUGGCGAUCUUUGACUCAGUUAACUGAAGAUCAACGUAAUUCUCCCACUUAUCGCCACAUGGCUACUGUACCUUUAAAAGAUGAAAGUCACGGUGGCGAAGAUGUGAUCGUUUUUGCUCAUGGCCCCGGUUCCAGUUUGGUGCGUGGCGUAUUUGAGCAAAACUAUUUAGCGUUUGUUAUGAGUUAUGCCGGUUGCAUGGGUCCGGCAAAAUCAUUCGAUGAUACAUGUAAAAGUGGAGCAAUGACAGUCACUAUUCCUGUCUUUUUACUCUUGUCUGUGUGUUUAAUGCACUUUAUUAAUAAAUUUUAGUAUUAAUUGUUUUGUUUGUGUAUAAAUAAAGUUAGGUCAAGCUUAUAAAGUUUAAGUUAAAACCAAUAAUUUAAGAGUAAAUAUAAACGUAGUAUUAAUAAUAACUUAAUAAAAGAAAACUAUUUUGUUUAAAACGAAA